AUUGCACUAACACUGUCAGUUGGAAAUAUUUAUGUGGAACUCAAGAAUGACUUCCGAACGGACUUCUCGACGCCUUGGUCAAGCUCAUGGAUGGAAAGGAAAUAUUAUCGAGAAUUCUAUAAUCUGACUUCUGACCCAUAUACGGUAUUACUUUAUUUAACAUUGGUCGAAAAGUGGGAUUGGGUGCAGGAAAUUCCUUGA